AUGACCCUCAAGUCUGGCAACCUGCUGCACUAUCGGGAGGGCGACCAACAGUCCCAGGGUGGUGUCGGGUUCCUCGUCCGCAAGGCUCUCGUCAACAACAUCGACGUCGUCAGGAGCGUGUCGAGCAGGGUGGCGUACCUUAUACUCAGAAUAUCCAAGCGGUAUUCGCUGAAGGUCAUACAGGUUUACGCACCGACUUCGACACAUCCAGAUGACGAAGUGGAAGCUAUGUUUGAGGAAAUCUCUACAGCCAUACAUAGCUCUCAAAGCCACUACACUGUUGAGAUGAGGGACUUCAAUGCGAAGCUGAGCAGACGAUGCGGUGAUGAGUUGAAGCCGGAACGGCGCAAAUGGACCUGGUUGAGUCCCGACGGCACCGUCAGGAACGAGAUAGACUUUAUCAUGUCGACGAACAAGCACCUAUUUAAUGAUGUCUCAGUGAUCAAUACUGUGAAAACAGGAAAUAAUCACUGA